AUGGAGAAAAGUUUUCGAACAGUGAAACUUUCCAUCCUUGAAUCUGAUAUAGUAAAGCUUAUUUUGGAGUUUUUGGAAAAACGCGACUUCGCCUUUUCACAAAUUUCCCUCGAGCGUGAAUCUGGUGUAGUCAACGGAACGUAUAACGAGGAUGUGCUAUUCUUUAGACAGCUUGUUCUUCAAGGCCACUGGGAUGAUGCGCUGGACUACAUAGAGCCCCUUAAGGAACCACCCCUUGAACUUGACCUGAGGCCUAUCCGUUUCCUUCUGCUGAAGCACAAAUUCCUAGAACUGCUUUGCCUACGCGAAGAGGCCUUGCAGACAGUCAACGAGAAUGGUGAUGGAACGGGAGAAGCACCGGAAAAUGACCAAUCCGUUGAACAGCGAAUGGAAUUUCUGUCUAUUCUUUUGAAUCCUCCGCCGUACUCUGCGGAUCGUUAA